AGGUGAGCGUGCGUGUGUGUGUGAGCGUGUGUGUGCGUGUGUGUGUAAAAGCCGCACAGCUCUUCAGCAUGGAGCUGACUCUCAGCCGCCUGGCUGCUUUUCUCGCUUCUUUCGGGCUCCUCAGCUUUGUGUGUCUGAUUGUGGCGAUUGGAAGUGAUUUCUGGUACAUCAUAGACACUUCGAAGAGAGAGAGCAACAAAUCCGCAUCCCUCAGCUCUCACUCCGGACUCUGGAGGACCUGUAACUUUCAGGAUCAAUGUCAGCCUUUUAUGAACCCUUUUGGAAAUGGAGGAAACUUCACAGAUUCACAAAGGCAUAUAUUAAACAUGCAGGCGACGUUCAUCGUGCUGUUGCCCCUCAGCGUGAUUGUCCUCUUUAUCGGAGGGAUGAUGGGUGUCAUGAGCAUUCUGGCUCGAGCUCAUCGUCUUCUUCUCGCUACUGGAUUGCUUCUCCUCAGCGGCACCGUGAUUACAUUUACGGGCAUCUGCGUGUACGUGGCCUACUCUGCAGCUGCCUUCCGAGAGGCUGUGUGCAUCUCUGGACGCAAGACUCUGGAAGACAUUGACAUCUAUUUCGGUUGGUCUCUGGCCUUCGCAGCCAUUUCCUUCAUUACUGAGCUCAUCACAGCCAUCACGUUUCUGCUCACUUCAGCUCGCUUGGGCCAGCUCAUGCGCCGAGACCAGGACAGGUACUUAGCAGAAUAAGAAGUGUGGAGGACGCAUCGCUGCCCUUCAGAAACAGAGCUCUCGACGUUGGCAUUAUUAUCUGUCCGUUUUGUGGCGCACAGCAUUUUUGUAAGUGUGUAAAUAAAUCUUUUAUAUGAUUAUUUUCUGGAACUAAACAGUAUAAAACUGUAUGGAGCAGCUGAUGGGAAAAAAGGUUUAAAUACUCUGAGGAUGGCGGUAAUUUUUCUGUCAUGACGAUGGAGAAAGAUGUGGCAACAGAUUGCUGUGGAGGAUAACGAUAUUAUUGCACUGUAAUGUAAUCAAUGUCUGCUAAAUAAAGUCUCUGUAAUAUCACUUCAUAAAAUUUCAGGCUAAUUACUGACACAGAACUAUGGUUUUCUCUGGGCUGAUUGGAUUCCCUGGUGCCUCUUAGCCUUUCAAAAUCUUUACAAAUUCAUUAUAAAUGGAAUAAAUAGAUGAUAUUAAUACUAAAUGAGUCCAUGUUUACAAAUCCAGCCUAUUUAUCUAAUUUAGUAAUAUUUAAAACAGCCAAUGUUCAGCAGGAAACCUGCCCCACCUGCCACUUCACAGGUGUAACGAUAACUUUUACAGUAAAAUAUUUACAGUACUUAUACAUUAUACUGUAUUUCUAUACUCUAUACCUUGUCUGCCUAGUCCUAUUAUUUUUCACUUCUUCCAUUACUUUGUCAUUCUAAGUUUUAAUAAAAAGGAUAGAUUCAAUUAUUUUAUCGAAGGGCAAGUGCACUGAGUUUAAACUGGAAAACUAGACAGCUAAUGUUUGCUAGCUAGCCUUACAUUUUAAAUAGAUAACCCAUAUGUUUUCUUUAUUUUUUUUAAUGCUGUAUUCAAGAGUGUGACUCACUGUUUCUGUCCCUUUUAUUCUUUUUUUUUUUUUAGCAAGUUUGUAUUGUGUAAUCUUUAAUUUUAGCAGUUCUUUUACACAGUGAAACUGGAUUGUCCUUUACAGACAUUUAUUAUAUGUGAAUUCUUUUUCUUUUUCUUUAUGUGAAUUUUUUUUUUAAAUCUGAAUUUUUCGAAGUUUUUUUUAUUGUGUAACUUGAAUACAGUGUUUGUUCUAGUGUGUGGACCGAAAUGAAAUUUCGAAAACAUGGAAAACAUUUUUAUCAGGUCUGUUUGUGAGAAUUUUGGACUCGCAUUCAUUUAAGAUGUAUAGUUAACAAUAAAAGUGUUAAAAUAGCAUAACUGUGCAUAAA